AUGUCGGUGUGUCCAUUGAAGACUGGAAUGUGUUCGUCCGGUGAUGGGAGGUUUUUCGAACCGGAUCUGGGAUCAAUGAUACAUCGGCCCCAUACCAAUUAUUUCAGUGUGCCGGGACCGAGCUAGGUGAUAGCCUCCUAAAAGCGAACUCCAAUGCAGCCUCCGGUACCCUCAACGAACUGCUUACCGCCAUGCGGUCCUUGGCAGUCAUUCCUGUUGCUACCUGUGUAUCACAGACUGAACUUCUUCAACUACGUCAAGAAAGGGAUGAGGCUUUUCGUACAUUUACAGCCAGGGUGCGAGGGAAAGCCGAGACGUGUGCCUUCACAGCAGAAUGUGAGUGUGGUAAGGACGUCGACUACACAGAUAAUGUCAUCCGUGACGUUCUUUUAAAUGGCCUAUCUGACCCAGACAUCCGCCGUGAAAUCCUGGGGACGCCCGACAUCCUCAAAAAACCAGUCAAUGAUGUGAUUGCCCUUGUUGAAAACAAGGAGAUGGCCCGCAAUGCCCUCCCAUCAUCAACCCUGUCUGCUGUGUCGUCGUUUCAGCGCCAAAAGAACCCGACGACAACCACCGCCACCACCCCGUCCCAAGUGGAUCAAACGAAGGAGGCAACAUGCCCAGACUGCAAGCACACCUUUAAAGUAUUUACAGAGGGAGCCCGUGGGUGGAACACCAAACCUCACCAAUUGUGCAUCAAUUGCUACAGAACUCGCCGCAGGAAAAAACGCCAACCCCGCCUGCCCCAUGACAAUAAGCCCAGCCUCCAGGCCAUAGAGCAAGACCCCAUAUCCCAGGUGGCAGUAUUCCAAACCGCCCAGACAGACAGACACCGACGACAUCAUACACGUGCCUCAACCCCACAUGGCAACAUCAACAAAGCUUUAGCCACAAGACUUGACCACCAUAUAUUCUCCAAAGGCGAAUGGAAGCGAGCCCGCCUGUUAGAUCAUCCUAGAGUCAAAGUCACCAUCUCUGUUGCCAAGUCAGCCGACACCAGAAUCACCAGCCCUAGCCAUGCCUCGGGCCGUGACACUGUGGUAUCAGCAGUUGCCGAUACCGGAGCACAAUCCGACCUGUGGUCCCUUGAUGAUUUCCUUGCCUGUGGAUUCUCACGUGAUGAACUACGGCCUGUUAGCCUUAGCCUGUCAGCCGCAAACCGCUCCCCUAUCUCCAUCGAAGGAGCAUUCUUUGCAAAGAUCACAACGACACCCCACAGCGGCAAUGUGAUGUCGUGCCACUCUAUGGUGUAUGUCAGCAGCUCUGUCCAAGCCAUGUAUUUGUCUUAUGAGACGUUACUUAACCUCGGCCUUCUUGCAAAUGAUUUCCCAUCCAUGGAUAAUGCAGGCACACCCAGUGAAAGGACCCAAAUCGCCGACUCCGAUGCUUCAACUGACCCUGCAUCUAUCAAUGCCGCACGGUCACUCAACAAUGGUUGUAAUGCGCCCAACACUCCACAUGACCCAUGCUCGUGCCCCCAGCGUGAAGUUGCUCCACCACGUCCGCCGGUCCUGCCAUUCCCCUGUACACCAGAAAAUAAUGAUCGCAUGAAGGCAUGGCUACUUGCUCGAUACUCUUCGUCCACAUUCAACACGUGCCCACAUCGGGCAUUACCAUGCAUGGAGGGGCCAUCUAUCGAGAUGCACGUCGACGCGACCGCCACUCCAAAGGCUUGCCAUACACCAGCCAACAUACCCCUACACUGGCAGCAGCAAGUGCAUGACGACCUCCUUCGAGAUGAAGCCCUUGGUGUCAUUGAGCGUGUGCCUUAUGGCGAACCCGUGAAAUGGUGCCAUCGGAUGGUUGUAACACGGAAGCACGAUGGUUCCCCACGUCGCACAGUCGAUCUCUCGCCACUAAAUAAGUUUUGCAAGCGAGAAACGUUUGCCAUGGAGUCACCCUCCCACCUCGCACGUCGCAUCCCCAAAGAGACGUGGAAAACAGUCACGGAUGCCUGGAAUGGCUACCACAUCUUACCACCUUCAUCACGCCAUUUAUAAUUUGGCCGUUGGCGCUACCUGAGAGCACCCCAGGGUUUCCUAUCAUCAGGGGAUGGAUACAAUCGCCGUUUAGAUGCCGUCCUGUCGGCCUUUGUGCGUAAGGAACGCUGCGUCGACGACACAAUCCACUACGACACUGAUUUGGAGCAACAUUGGUGGAGGACCAUUGACUUGCUCACACGUGUUGAACAAGCCGGCAUAGUGCUAAACCCCGAUAAGUUCCAAUUUGCACAACGGAGCGUAGACUUUGCCGGUUUCAGAGUGUCAUCCUCAACCAUCGAACCACUCCCGAAAUACCUUGAUGCUAUCAGAGACUUCCCCUCCCCCAUCUCCACCACAGAUAUUCGGAGCUGGUUCGGCCUUGUCAAUCAGGUCACCAACUACGCACAGCUACGCGACAUAAUGGCCCCCUUUAAACCCUUCCUCAGUCCUCGCUGCAAAUUCCACUGGUCACCCGAGUUGGAAGAGGCUUUUACAACAUCGAAAGAAGCCAUCGUGGAAGCCAUCCGCAAGGGGGUGGAGAUCUUUGAUAUACAUAAGCGAACCUGUCUCCGCCCAGACUGGUCAAGACUACGAGUUAUUGGUUACUUCUUGCUCCAGCAGCACUGCAGCUGCCCUUCUGGUAUACCAGAAUGCUGCCUUGGUGGAUGGCACAUCACCUUGGCCGGCUCACGAUUCCUCUCUUCAGCCGAGGAACGCUACGCCGCGAUUGAAGGGGAAGCACUUGCUGUGGCAUGGGGUCUUGAACAGACACGCUACUUUACACAAGGGUGCGACAACCUUGUCGUAAUCACGGACCACAAACCACUUGUGAAGAUCUUUGGUGACCGCACGCUGGACGAGAUAUCCAACUCGCGAUUGUUCUGGCUCAAGCAGCGCACCCUCCAGUGGCGUUUCGACAUCAAGCACUUACCUGGCAAGACGAACCUCGCUGCUGACGCAACAUCAAGACACCCCUCCCCAUCAGGCUCAGUGAACACUGCCUCGCUCGGAUUGUCCAGUUACCCAGACUUUGUCGAAUCGGCGCUAAUGGCCUCCAUCCGACACGAUGCUCAAGAGCUUGGUACAAUCUCAUGGCCUCUUCUCGCACAAGAAACCGCGGCGGACACAUCCCUGAGCCAUCUACUUAAGCUGAUAGAGCAGGGCACACAGAGUUUUGACAGAAACGACCCUAUACUCGCCAGCCUCUGGCCCAUCUGCGAAUCUACAUACGCACAAGAGGGUGUCCUGCUGUACCAAGACCGCGUUGUGGUACCCUCGUCCCUUCGCCACCGCGUUAUACAGCAUCUGCACGCAGCCCACCAAGGAGUGACAGCCAUGGAACAACGUGCACGCGCUAUAGUCUACUGGCCAGGGAUGUCAAAGGACAUUCGCGAAACCAGAGAAAGAUGUGCAGACUGCAACCGAAAUGCCCCUUCACAGGCUAGUUAGUUAGUUGAUAGUUUAUUUGACACUAAAACUUACAGCUCCAGAAUAUAACUAAUUCCACUGCUGAAAUAUGUUAGGUUUACAAGGAUAUUAAAACUAAUUUUACAUGUAUUUGUUUAAGAAAACGAAUAAGAUUAGACUAAAUACUUAAAAAUACACAUUCACAUAUAUAUACUGUAUGCGCAGACUUAUAAUUUGUUACUAAAACACUCACUAAUGCUAAUUUAGAUUAGGUUAAAAACCAGCAUAUUCGCGGUAAAAACAGUUUCUAAGUUAUUCAAAAAACUUAUUAGAGUUAUAAGUGAUAAAACUGUUCCUAAAUCUGUUCGUUUUAUGAAGUGGCACGUUAAAUUUCCUAUUUUUACGCAAAAAAUGACUAUUGUCAUUAUUUAAUGGCGGUAACAAAUCCGUUAAUUUGCGCUCAGGAUUAUUUACUACGUCCUUAAAAAGUUUUGUUGUUAAUUCCUGUCUUCUAUCGUACAGUGAUGGGGUGUUCGUGUUCCUCAAUGCUUCUUUGUAGUGUUGAUCUGGGAAUAUUAUUCGAAAAGCUCGUUUCUGAAGUCUUUCAAGAUCAUCAGACAGGUAUUUGGGUAAUGAGUCGUGAAAUGCUUGGCACGCAUACUCGAUGACUGGUCGAAUACAGGUGGAGUAGAAAGGGAUUAGGUCGUUAGCUGGUAAUUUCGCUCGUUUUAGUUGUCUUAAAAAAUAUAGACGAGGUGCGACCUUUUUACAAACGUGUGAAAUAUGACUAUUCCACUUCAAGUUAUUUGAGAUGGUUAGACCCAGCAAUUUUACCGAUGUUACACGUUCGACAAUUUUCCCAUUAAUAGUAAUUGGCUGAAACUCACGUAUGCUUGGUGCAAAGCUUAUACACAACUCUUUGCAUUUUGAUUCGUUUAUCUGAAAACCGUUAGCUGUUGAUUUCUGGUUAAAUUCAUCUACGUACUUUUGUAAGUUACUUGGACCAUCUCUACAAACUGAUUCCGACAAGGAUGAGUCGUCAACAUAUUUCCAUAACUCAUUAACGUCCUUAACGCUUAGAUCAUUAAUAAUAAUACAAAAUAACCAUGGGCCGAGCUUUGUGCCUUGGGGGACGCCGGCUGGGACCUUGCCCCAUUCGGAAUGGCAAUCUUGGCUGAGUUUUACCCUCUGUUCUCGGUCAGUUAGAAAGUCUAAGAUCCAAAGCAUGACAGACCUCGGUAUGUUAUACUUUGUUAACUUCUCCGAUAAAAUAUUGUGGUCUAUUAAAUCAAAUGCUUUACGGAAGUCAAACGUCAUAACUGGAGUUGUUGAACCGUUACCAUCCGUAUCCUUAUUCCAAGUGUGUAGCAUGCUUAUAAGAGCAUAUGUCGUACAACUAUCCGGCACCGUCCCAAAUUGUUUACUAUCGAUCAAUUCCAUCACUGCUGGCUUCACAUAAAUCAUUACAACAAAUUCUUCUGCGAGUUUCGAUAGAAUAGGUGUAAGUGAAAUAGGGCGUAACUGACGGUUGAUAUCCUGGAUGGGCUUUUCUUUCGGUAUUGGAACUACGUCCGCCUUCUUCCAAACUGGCGGUAGGGUACAUUCCCGAUAUGAACAGUUCAAGAUGGCCGCUAUCGGACCAGCUAAUAGAUCUGCGUUUUCUUUUAGGAGCCACGACGGUAUGCCAUCCGGACCAUGAGCUUUUUUGGGAUUAAGUUUGAGCUGCCACACCACCUCUCCCCACUCCACCACCGUCAACCCCCUUUGAAGCAAUAUUCUAUGAUUUCUUUGACUAUGGAGGACGACAUUACUUAGUGGUAGGCGACCGCCUGUCCGGCUGGGUAGAGGUGCUGAGCUCAACAGCAGGUACCAACCUCGGCGGAUCGGUGGGCCUCGUUCAACAUCUCCGCUCGUUCUUUGCAACGUUUGGGGUACCAGAGGAGCUCUCAAGCGACGGUGGCCCAGAGUUUAUGGUAAGCCAUACUGAGGACUUCCUUCGCCUAUGGGGCGUCAAGCACCGUGUCUCCUCCGUCGCCUUCCCUCAAUCCAACGGUAGAGCCGAAGUUGCAGUGAAAACAGCCAAGCGCCUUCUAAUGUCUAACACAGGGCCAACCGGCAGCCUUGACCAUGAUCGAUUCCUGAGAGCCAUGUUGCAAUUGCGCAAUACCCCUGAUCCAGAUUGCAACCUUUCACCAGCACAAAUAAUUUUCGGCCACCCCUUACGGGACACACUGUCUUUUGUUAACCGACUGGAAAAGUUUUCCAACCCAAACCCCCUUUGGCGUCAGGCAUGGACAGCAAGGGAGGAAGCCCUCCGAACACGGAUUGCCCGCAACACUGAAUCCCUGAGAGCCCAUUCAAGACCACUCCGCCCAUUGACCAUCGGUGAGAGAGUAUUCCUCCAGAACCAGAAAGGCGCCAGUCCGACCAAAUGGGACCGAUCAGGAACAGUUGUUGAAGCACCAGGUCACGACCAAUAUAGGGUAAAAGUGGAUGGUUCCGGACGACUCACACUGCGCAACCGUCGUUUCCUCCGCGCCUAUACACCAGCGACUCCUUCCACCAAACUGCCGCUGGCAGAACCAUCCCUGCCCACCAGCUGCACCGAUCAGCAGAAUUCAACACCCUACCUAUUUCCCACGGCGCCCUUGCCAACACCAGAGAAUACCCCAGGACAGACCUCACCUUGCAACACACCUGUAGCGAACCCAGCACCGAUCGACAGUCUGGAUCCCCCCGAUCAAGGUGCCCCAAGUGACUUACCACCCGUCGCCCCGCACAUACCCCUCACACCAACUUCGCAGCCACCACCAUCGAGUCAGUCCACACGCCCAAGGCGUGAAUGCCGGCCACCGAAACGAUUCGAACCUGAGACAGGCACAUGGAUAGAACAUUGAGUCCGUCAUCCUAUGCUACACUAUAGGUUUCCGUACUGGGGGGGAUGAAGAGUUUACAUGAAGUACUUAUGUAGGACUAGUUAGUGUAACCGCUGACUCGCUCUCUUGUUUACAUUGGUUUUAUAUUUUAAGUCUUUCAUAUUAGUUCAUCAGAUAUUGUUUGUUUGUAAUACGCUAGUUUCAAGUAGUAUUUCUAUAUUAUUGUAAGUAUUCCUUACUUUGUAUUUAUCCUAUUUGUUUAUGUAGCUAUAUUUAUGUAUAGAACGUUCACAGUUAUAAUUUCUAUUCAUUGUAUUUACCUAGGACUCUUUCAUCGUCUUUGUUAAAAUAAACAUACAAAAUUCGAGAAGGUUGUUUCUUCAAGUGUUUUAAACUAAAAGCUAUUUGAAUUUAAAAAACUAAUCUUUUGCUCAAGCCAUUGUUUCCUCUUAUAUAAAAGAGUAAUUUUAACCCACAAUCGCCACUCUUCAUGUUACUAUGACAACAUGACGUCACCAUCUUAGCGGACAAAUAACCAUGGCGACCUACCUUUUUUAUUGCAGAAAAUAUAUUGUUAUGAAGUUUUGAAUCGUUUUUGAAAGUUAUUUGAAAAUCGCGGUGUAGUUUUCGAGAAACUGAAUUUCAGGCUUUCCAAAGACUAAAAUGCAAUCUUAAAGGCUGAAGUUCAGUUUCUCGAAAACUACACUGACGAUUUUCAAAUAACUUUCAAAAGAGAUUCAAAACUCAUAACAAUGUAUUUUCUGCAAUAAAAAAGGUAGGUCACCCACGUUAUUUGUCCGCUAAGACGGCUUUUUUGGUUGAUAUAGGCCAUAUAGAUGGUAACAUCAUGUUGCCAUGGUAACGUAAAGAGUAGCGAUUGUGGGUUAAAACUACUCUUUUAUAUAUAGGAAGAAACAAUGGCUCGUGCAAAAAAUGUUUGACUAUGCUAAUCUGCCGGCGAUUUUACCACCCACCAAUUCAUACAAACUGACCAGAACCAUUUAUAAAUGCCGCGUUUUUGUUGUGGAAGUUCUUCAAUUCCGCGACAGAACUCAGGAAGUAAAAUUUGGCGGAGGCUACGACGGACUGGCUACACUAUGCAGCAUUAUGAACAUGCCAUGCAUGUAUGUCAAAAACUGCAUAUUAUAAACAAUUAGAGACCAUUCUCCUAGUCUUAGAAAGAGAAUGUCUAACUAAAAGAGUGGGUGAAAAGGUUCGUCAAUCAGUUUUACCGUAGAGAAUCCUGAAUUAGAUGUUGGUUAGCCAGCAGACUGACGGAACAUGUGCCAAGCGAGGCUUUACUUCAUUGACUGAUGUGGUAUUCGUCGUCUAGAUGCAGGAGAGCGGUUGUUGCAGUAUGAAUGAAAUCGAUUUCCAGAAACCUCCAAGGCUUACUUUUUGAAAUGAGUGAGAUCCUAACACAUUGAGAACAUAUCAGCCGCAUGUGAGGACGCAUAUUGCCACCCCAUUUCUCUACCCUCGCAAAGUACGUGCACAGAAUGAAAAUUAACAAAGACCAGAUUUUGAAACGAGUAACUUUGUUAUUUAACUUAAAAUAGCACUGUAUAUAACUUUUAUUAAAAAAUUAAAAUAUCAGCAAAUACUAAUUCAGUAAGAUUUGUCUUGUUAUGGAAAUAUGUCUUUCUGUUGUAUAUGCAUUGUUGAAUUGCCAUGUCACUUUCUUGAGUUCUUUACCAGAAUAUUAAUUAAGUAUAGUUGAGCCUAUUCUGGAAUCUAGGAUAGUUCGAAUUCUUGACUUUGCGGUUUCCUUAAUAACCUCAUAUUAGCAACGUUCGCCUACAUGUGAAGACUAACAGAUUUCUAUCAUAUCCUCAUUAAAUUGUACAUAUACAGACGCAGUCUCCUUGACAGUCCUUGUGAUGUCCAGUCACUUGUAAAUUGAUGAUGCAUGAUUUCCACUUGCCCAGUAUUAAAGUUUGAGACGCAUGAAUAUCUAAAAUAUAAUGCAAUUUAUUUGCAUUUCAUUUCAUUUCACAAACUGGAAACCUAAAUCUCUAUGUACUAGGAUUUGUAAAAGGAAAGGGAGUUCCAAUUUCCUAUGUGAGAGCUGUGGAUCUAACUAAGGCAAAUUCUUACACAUAUAAGCACUUUGCAUGCUCCAAGUGAAUGAAGUAUAAAUUACAUUGUAGUAUUAUUAUAUACUGGUGUAUUCAUUAAUACAUGUAAUAAUUUUUAGUAAAAAUAACUUGAACAAGUGCAAGUGUGACAAUUUUUAAAUCGUAUAAAAAUACAGUAUAAAAUGGAUGAGUGAUGAGUCUCUGGCCCACUGGUAUAAUUUUCAUUAUCAAAUUAUAAUUUCUCAAAACUAAGCGCUUUUUAAAAAAGAUAUAUGUUCUAGGCAUAUUAGCACCAGUCAUAGGGCCAUUAUAUGCUGAAUUAUGAUAUAAAUAACAAUAAUAUAUUGAAGUUUUUCAAUUACCUUCACAGCGACAGUGCUGUCUGACAGGCUGCCAGUGCAGGCAGCCUUGGGACAAGACAAACGCGAAUUCUUCAGCCAGGAAGAUAUAAAAUUAGACGUGCUAGAUUCUUGUUGUUUUCUCUCUCUAGACAUCUUAAUUUUUGAAGAGAAAUUACUUAUCUAGAGGUAUAUAGCAAGAAAAAUAUAUUUCCAAACUGAAAUAUCUCAUCUCAUAAAGGACAUGAAAAAUUUGCACGCCAGCAAUCAAUUUGGUCAGCGCCAAGCCAAAUUCGCUAUAGCGCAUGCACUCAAUCUCCAUGACUGAAUCGUGGAGAGAUUUUCGCAGCCUUUGCCAGGGUCUUCUCAUUUUUCGCGCGCCAUCACGAAGAAGACACUGGGACGACGUUUGUACGGAAAAUCCGUAUAUUAUUGAACUAAAAUCGAUAAAGAUUAAAGUAAAAACUAUAAUUGUACAAAACAGAACAACAACUAAAUUUCCAUGUGCUCGCUAUAAAAGACCCCGUGCAAAAGACCCCCGGAGCUAAAUCCCUGGAUAACUAUAACGUCUAAUUUCAUACACACUCCCCCGAUUAAAUGACGCAUGUCAGUUAAUAAUGUCAACAAUGAUCACAGUAUAAUGUAUCUGCGAUAACAAACAAGUACUUAUCGUCCACGUUUGCUCUGCUGCUUCCUGGCUUCGAAUUUUCUUGGAGUUUUCUCUUCGUACACGCAAACUAUAUCUCCUUCCUUGGGAUUCGACUUCGCACUUCCUCUGACUCCUUUGACACGAUGAUGUUCUCUAAGCUCUAACAAAUACUCGCGACUCCAUCUUUUCCAGAAAUGUUCUAAUAAUUUCGUUGCGCGACGCGACAGACUUCCAUUACCCGCAGGAGUGUCAGUCUCAUCUUUCACGACAGGUGCUUGACUGAGAAGGCGACGACCCAUAACUGAAUGCGAAGGUGUUAACGGACCUUCACAAACUUCGUCACUAUACACAUACGUCAGUGGACGACUGUUGAUAACGCCCUCUAUCUCCACUAAGACUGUCUCCAAUUCCUCGUACGUCAAUCUAGCUCUUCGAACAAUUUUUCUCAGGCACCUUUUCACCGAUUUCACAAGUCUUUCAAAAAAUCCUCCCCACCAAGGGGCUCUCUCAAUGUUGAAUUUCCAGCUGAUGUUAUUUCUGGUUGCGAAUUCUGCUAGCUUGUUUGCCUUAAAGGUUUUUCCAUUGUCCGAAAUAAACAUUUUUGGGAUACCUCUUCUGGACAUGAAUCACUGUCAACAGAGAAUAAAUGCCUUUGUAGAUAGAUCUGGAACCAAUUCGAGAUGUAAUGCUCGUGACGAGGCACACGUAAAUAGACAGAUAUACGUCUUAAAAACAGGUGAUUUCGUACCUUUUGAGAAGAUUGGUUUGGCAUAAACGGGACCCGCGAAGUUCACACCGAUUCGCGUGAAGGCAAAAUCGUCAGAAACUCGAAAAUCUGGUAAUGAUGGUUGAGGUGGUAUUUGAUAAGUUCCUCCUUCGUAUCUCUUGCACGUAGUACAUUUUGCAAUAAUCUUCUUGACAAAUUGUCUUCCCUUCGCAAUCCAAUGUUCUGAACGAAUUUCGCAAAGUGUUUCUCUUACACCAUUGUGCAUUACUCUCCUGUGACAUUCUUCCACCAACAAGGUAAAAACCAAUGAUCAUUGGGCAAGAAAACUGGAUGUUUAGCAGAAAGUUCAAUAUUAGCAUUGGAUAAUCUUCCACCACAUCUCCAGAUACCACAAUUAUCCUUGAAUAGACCCAGUGAUGCUUGAACUUGCUUGAAACUUUUGAUUGUUUGAAUCGCUCCUUGUAUGUACUUAUACCGUAUAUGCUUAGCUUCUGUUAUUUCUUCAAGGGAAAGACGACUUAGAUUUGGUUCAGUUCCGGCAACCUUUGGCCGAAGGUUUGCGAUGAAUCUUAGAACAUAACUCGUAACUCUUAGCAGUUUACAAAGAGUGCUGUAUCGUUCCUUUGGCAAAAUGUUCUCUAACGAUAAUUGCGAUUGCUUUUCUGUAACAUUGUCAUUGGCACAUGACUAUCUGGCAGCACUAGUUGGUUUGGAUUUGACUUCUCUCUCACUUUGAACUCGAGCCUCAUCGUUUAUAGAAAUAAUUUCUUCACCGUCCUUAGACCAUUCAGGAUCAUUUCUUACCAAGAAGUCUGGUCCAUUCCACCAUAACUUGCUCUGACCCAGUUCUGAAGGUAACAUACCUCUUGACACAAUAUCUGCUGGGUUGUUAAGUCCCGAACAGAAUCUCCAAUCUCUCACAGACACCAACUUACGGAUUUCUACCACACGAUUUUGGAAAAAAUGCUUGAAUUCUUUAGAAGUAUCCAGCAGUAAACUGAAGUUAUCUUGAUUACGUUUGCGAACGCUAACUGAACUGAGUGAAUAGGUCUCGCUAAAACCAAAGCAGAUAAAAGUUCCAGUCGUGGAAUGGUUUGCUCGGUUAAGGGUGCUACUCUACUCUUGGAUGCAAUGAUAUUCGUGUGAACCUUGUGCUCAGAUACAACUCGCAAAUACACCACCGCUCCAUAGGCAUAUUUUGAACUGUCCCCAAAGCCAUGAAGCUCUAUGGACUGGAUCAAUUCCUUGUUUUCGGGUAUAACACAUCUUGGAAUGGUAAUUUCUUGACAUCUAGACACAUUCGCUCUCCACACUUCCCAGCGAGUACUGAGUUCUAACGGUAACGGCAUGUCCCAGUCUAUCUCGGCCUUGCACGUUUCUUUGAACAGAACUUUCAUCGUAAGAACAACAGGUGAGAUUAAUCCCAUUGGGUCAUAAAUCUUUGCAGUUGAACUGAGGAGAUCACGCCUCGUAAUUGGUUGUAACAACUCUGGUUCGCAGUUUACCAUCUUGUCGAGGCGAAAAACUAGAGUAUCAGAGGAGUUGUUCCAUGUUACACCCAGAACUUUCUCAUCAUCAGGCUGGGAGCCAAGAAUUUGUUUGGCAUACGACAUGUGGUUUCUGUAGGGGUUGCAUCUUGGGUGCUUGAUACUUCAUUCACGGUUUCUCUAAUCACUUGUGCUAAUUCAGGACAGUUUGUCUUCCAUUUUCUUAUGUUAAAUCCACCUUGAUGCAUUAUCUCCUUUACUCUCGAGUACUGAUGUAGCGCUUCCGGUGUGUUGUCUGUUCCUGAAUUGAAAUCAUCUACGUAGAGGGAUUGUAGCAGGUUUUCCACAAUUUUCGUGUCGGUGCUCUUGUAUGUAUUGAUGUGUUUCUGUAAUGUUGCAUUUAAGAGGAAGGGGCUCGACGCGACUCCAAAAACUACACGAGAAAAUCGGUGCACUACAACAUCUGGUUGGUCACUCUUGAUUUCAUUCACCCACAGAAACCUUAGAAAAUCUCUAUCUUCUUCAGAAAUGCUAAUGUUCAAGAAAGCUUUUUCUAUAUCGGCUACCAAUGCAAUUCUGUGGAGUCGAAACCGAAGCAGAAUGUCGAAUAAUAAAGGUAACAAUGACGGACCAACAUAAAGACAAUCAUUUAAUGACGGUCCAUCUGAUCUUGCAGAUGCAUCGUAUACCACUCUUAGUUUCGUGGUGGACUUUUCAGGUCGAACAACUUCUCUAUGUGGCAGGUAAUGUACCUUUCCAAGGGAUUUCGGUGUUGACUCUUCGACUCUCUCUAUCACUCCGGUCUUCAGUUGUUCAUUAAUGACUCGAUCAUGUUACUUUAAACGAUGGUUUUACAAGCGUAUUUUCAAAAAUAUAUAGUUUCAUUGAUAGAAACAUAAAUAUUCUGAUGGCAGCGUUGCCAG